AUGGCUCCCGAGCCUAAACCCGCCGAGGCAGACCGCCUCAACGCAUUGCAAAUGGCCGAUCUGGGCACCGCUCGCCGUGAACAUAUAUCGACUGCGGAUGACACUCGGCGACGUGUUCAGGCUGACAUGGAAACCAUCGAAAUGCGCCGGCCCUCGAACAUUGCUGGUUCGGUUGAGAACCAGCGAGCUGAACGGAACAGGGGCUCCUUGGACGCGUGGACAAGCUUCCAUACGACUGUGACCGACACGGGCACUAGGGAGCAGCUAGACGAUCUGAUGCAAGGCCAGACUCACCGUGCCCAGCUUAGUGCAACGCAGACAGCGCUACGUGAAUCUGAACUUACCCGACAACGUGUAGGUGGGCACGCACGGGCAAGAUCCGUUAGCCAUGUAUCAAGCAACCACCCAUACCCCAGACCAUCCUCUGGCCGUGGUGGUGGUAUCAUCGGCACCAGAUCGCGCCACCAGAUUUCCCCCAGUCGCCGCACUUUUGAUGACUUCCCCACCAGGCAAGACCCUGCGCUUGACAUCAACAACCCCGGAGAGCCAAGCUCUCGUCCCUUCCGAGGACAGGCUGUUCAUCGUGGCCCCGGCAAUAGAGUCAGCCAUGCCAGCUUCAGGGCUAGAGUGCCGGAAACCAGGCCGAGAAGAUCCCAACCGAUUGAGGAUUAUGCUGCGCGACUGGCUCCCCCUGACGAUUUCAUGGCCUCAAUCAGGGCACCGUCUAGCCCAUCUACAGGCUCGGCAACGACACCGACACGCCAGCCUCAAAGGGCUAUCACAAUUCCAAAGACUCUGAUGGCUCCAAAGACAGCGACGGCUCCAAAACCUGCCAUGACUUCAAAGCGGGGCAUCACUGCAAAUCCAGCCCCGAGUCCAAAGCCUGUUGCGAGAUCGGCACUUGAUGAUUCGAUUUAUGCAAUUUCGGCAUCUUCCACUCCAGCUGGAAGUGCCACGAAGAAUAGGUCGGGAUCUCAGAGUUCUGCUCGUCGUAUUGUGCCUUUUGAGAAGACUGCUGCUUUCAGCAGCCGUGAAAAGGCAGCUCGUUCCAAGACUGCUGGUGAGCAACAGGAAGAGAGCAAGGGCAAGAAAAAAGCCCCGGUUCUUUUGGAAUUUGACCAGGAUGCUCAAGAGAGCGUUCAGGUUCAGCUCCGCAACUUGUUGCUUAGCCCGGACAUGGUGAAAGAUCUCACGGGAAUCACUUUUCCCACAGGUGACGAAUCUGCGUCCGGAGAACGGAGGUCUCAGUUGCAAGAAUAUUUCGUCGAAGAAAUCUUGCAGAUGAUCGAGAACUGUUCUGAACGAAUGCAGGAACGCGCAGGGCCACACGGUCAACCCACGGAUCCUUUACAAGUACUAACAGAGUUCAAGGAUCUGGACCGCAAUGCCAUCUCAAGAAGAGUUGCUGAACGUUUAAGUAACCAGGAAAUGGCCUUGGAACCCCUAAGACAAGGCCAAGAAGAGAUGCAACUUCUCGAGAUGGCCACGCCUCCGCUCCCUUCUGCAAUGAGCCAGGACGAGCGGCCCCCGUUGCCAAUGGCAGGGCCAAGUACCCCCAGGCCAAAGCAGGUGCAGAACAUUGAAAUGCCAAAGACUGAUGGCACAUCUGCAAAGCGUGAGACAGAUCAGGUCAGCAAAACUGGUAGCUUUGAUAACUACCGCACUCCACAGCGAAGUGCUUCUGCCAGUGCCACUGACUCCUCCGACGAGAAGAAACAGCGCAGAAUCGAUGCGUCACUCCUCUCACCCAGGAAGACGGCUCUUGCUUCCGACAUACCGGGCAUGCAGUUUGAAUCUCUACGACUUUCUGAGCCUAGAGCGCCUCAGAACCCCUCGAAAGAGCCCAUGUCGCUCAUUGAUAUGGAUGAUGACCUGACCCCAACGAAGGAAGCCAUCGUAAAGACUACCCCCAAGCCAAUCCUCGGGUUGAUGGAGGGUUCUAUCUUUGCGGCUCCUAUGGACAAGGCCGAUACCACAUCUGAGGAAAACUCAGCCUUGGCCAUUUCCAAGGCUCCGCGGGUUGCUCCAGGGCUUGGCCCAGUGGUGGCCAGGGCUCAGCGGCCUACGUUGAUUCAAAGUAGCUCCAACACUUUAAACGAGAGCUCCGCAAAGGGAUCGUCGUCAUCAACGGGACCCAGGUCGUCACAACAGCCGCCUGAGAAGCAAUCUCGGGCUAUUUCUGGGGGUAUGGAAACCAGCAUCUGGGCUCAUACUGACAAAGGACCUUCAAACCUUGACCCAAAGGUGCAAACCCCACCACAACAGCGUCCUCGAGCAGGAGUGAGCUCUUCGCGCCAAUCCAGCAUGCAGUCCACUAGUACGGAGGAUACAACAACUCCCAAGAUCACAUUUUUGGGCCCAGCUCCCUACAUGCCUAAGCGCAAGUGA